GCAAUUCGGUCAAAAGAAUUGGCUAAUUGUUCAUUAAUUACUUAUUGUCAUCUCGAUCUAAUUUAGAUUGUGAAAUGUUUAGAGGUUAAAUGUGUCAUAAUUAAUCUCUCAACAAUUUAAAUACUUUCAGUAAUUUGGUUUCUUGUGUGUUGGAUUAAUAAGUUGUGAUUUUGUUUUUCUAUUGUUUAUGAAAUAGUUUUUACAUUAUUGGGGAUCAUGAAAUUAUUGGUGAAAAUGUUUUCUAAACUUGCAAAUUGGUCUUUUCUUGGAGCAAUUGUAUUGGUGUUUAAUUUGUUUCUUUUGGACAUUUAUUCAAUUUAUCCAUGUGAUUGGCCUUGUCCCGAUUGUUCAGAUGAAAAUUUCGUUAAAGUGAUGAUAUUAAGUGACCCCCAUCUUUUGGGUAAACGUAAAGGUCAUCCUGUUGACCAAUUUACCAGAGAAUGGGAAAUGUCAAUAGCUUUUCAAUUAGCUAAAUCAAUUCGUAAGCCUGAUGUGAUCAUUUUUCUCGGUGAUCUUUUAGAUGAAGGAUUAACCGUUGAUGAGAAUGGUUUUGAUAAAUAUGUUGAUCGAUUUGAAAAAAUUUUCUCAAUCGAAGAUCCAAUUGAGAAAAUAUUUAUCGUUGGUAAUCAUGAUAUCGGUUUUCAUGAUCGAGUUGCUGCUUAUCCAUAUCUACGUAAACGCUGGGAGAAAGCUUUCAAUUCUAGUCUAGCAAAAUUGGUCACAAUUAAGGGAAUCAAGUUCAUCUCAAUCAACAGUAUGGCCAUUGAAGGCGCUGAUUUCUCGUUGGUCCAAGAAAUGGAAAAUUAUCUAUCGGUUGUUGAUGAACAAUUAACGAAAAGUAAUCUACCUGGAGAUCCUAUUCUUUUGUUACAUUUUCCAUUAUAUCGGAUUAAUGAUGAUAUUUGUCAUGAAAUUGAUUCUCAAAAAGGACAAGAUCGAUUGAACAAUUUCACCCCCGGCGUGGAAAGUUUAUCCAAACGUACAUCGGACAAUUUACUUGAACGUUAUCGUCCACGUUUAAUUUUCAAUGGUCACAUUCAUUCAGGUUGUGUUGUUAAUCAUACUAAACAUGAUUCUCAGGAAUGGACAGUUGCCUCAUUUAAUUGGAGAAAUCGACAAGAUCCAAAUUAUCUUCUUCUUCAAAUUUCACCAAAUGAUCAUUCAAUUGUUAAAUGUUUCCUACCAACGGAGAUUUCAAUUGUAAUCACUUCAAUUUUAUGUUUAAUUACACUUUGUGUCUCAACCAAGAUAAUGGGAAAAUUAGUCGACUCUCAUUCACCAAAAUCUCAACCUAAAAGUAAACCAAAAGACAACAAGAAAAAGGAUAAAGAAAACCACAAACCAGUCUCCAAAGGCGAAAUUAAGAAAAGAAAAUCGAAAGAAAAAAAUUAACUGAUUUAGAUCACAUAUACAAAUAGAUUAAUUAACUUUUGUCUAAACUAAACAAAAAAAACUAAAUUAACUUUCUAAACCAAAGUCACAAGUUGCACCUUCCUAGAAGAUGUUCAAAAAUGUACCUAACAAUUUUACCUUUGAGAUUUUCUAUUAAAAAAAACCAAUUUCUUUGAAUAGUAA